ACUCGCUUUACAUUUUGAAGUAUUAUAGGACUUCCACAUAGAGAUGUUAAAGGAUAUAGUGAUGCGCCCACAGAGAACCAUGGCCAAGAGCGGCUUUCGGGUUUGACCGGAAGACUAGGCUGAGUGUCUUUCCACAUACUUGAGAGAGGAGGGAGGCUCAAGAGGCCUCCCAAGGUGCAAGGCCCGUCCCCUGCCAACUGAGCUGGCAGGACUUGAAGGAUCGGCGCCGCCACGAGCCCCGCUUCAUUCCGCCUUAUGCCUCACAGAAACUCUGAAAAAUGUCAUGCUAUCUCAAUGCAGAAAACAAACCAGAUAUGGAGUCUGUGUAUAUCCGGGAAAAUGGGCAGCUAUAUAGAUUAAAUCAGGCUUCAGGUGGACUAAAUGACCAUGUUUUGAAACCAAAGCCUUCAAGACUGUUUUCCAAAGGAUUCUCUGUUGAGCUCUGUAUGAACAGGGAAAAUGAUAAUGGCAGGACAGAUCACUUCAUCUUCACUUACACAAAGGAGGGAAAUCUCCGCUAUUCUGCCAAGUCUCUCUUCAGCCUAGUCUUAAGUUACAUUGCAGACAACAUCCAUCAUGUUGAUUCACUGAUUGGCUUUCCCGAGCAGAUUGGAGAAAAGCUUUUCUAUGCUGCAGAUGCAAGACAGAAGUUUACAGAGCCAAGAACAGGACUCAGAGCUUUGCAAAAAUUUACUGAUGCUUAUGGAAGUUUAGUGCUUCAGAUACUGUGUUUGAAAAAUAGAUAUCUGAUUAUUUCUGAAAAACUUGAAGAAAUUAAAUCUUUUCGAGAUCUAACAUGUUUGGAUUUGUCAUGUUGUAAACUUGGAGAUGACCAUGAGCUGCUAGAACAUAUUACCAAGGAGACGCUGUCUAGUCUAACUCGGCUUCUUCUGAAAGAUAAUUGCUUAUCAGAUGCUGGUCUUCGCAGAAUGACAGCACCUGUUCGAGUGAUGAAAAGGGGCCUUGAAAAUCUUUCACUAUUAGAUUUGUCUUGUAAUCCAGGCAUCACCAAUAAAGGAAUUGGGUUCCUUCUUUCCUUCAAAAAGCUAAAUUAUUUGGAUCUUUCUGGAACUGGCAUUGAGGACAUGAUGGUAGUAAUUCAGCGGAUCCAGAUUCAAAUAGGUCUAGUUUAUUCAGAAGUGCCUUUGAAAGAAUUUGAUCAUAACUGCAAAACAGAGGGAUGGGCAGAGCAUACAGUUUUGCAAUGGGAGCACAUCAUGCAAGAAGGAAUUAAUCCACAAAGAAGCUUGAAAUCUAGAGCAGCAGUCCAGCAUUUCUAUGGAAAAAGAGCCAGGGCCGAAGAACCUUGUGAGUCCCCUCUAGAAGGAGGGCAUAGAAAGACUUGUGAGAACUUACAGUUUUACAAGAGAAGAGCACAGGUGUGCAAUUUGCCUUUACUAAAAAAGAAGACUGAAGAUAAUGAAGAAUUACAGAAGAAAAGGACUCCUUCACCUAAACCCAAAGACCAGAACUUAAAAGCAAAGCAUUUGGGCCUCUUGAUGGAAGACUGGGACUUAUUAAAUUCUUAUUGAUUCUGAUGGCAAAAUUACAAGAUCCAUACAAAUGUCAAAACCAUUUUUAAAAAAUAAACUAUGGGAUUGAAAUAUCUAUCCUAGUAAUAUGACAAACUGUUUCUACCUUUAGUGUAAAAGAACAAGAUUCUCAGACAAGUGAUGAGCUCAUUCCACUUCUGAAAUGAGCCCUAAUUUUUUCAAUAAACAGUCACCUUUUGGCUAAUAUGAAAUAGGUUCAGUUCAGAAGAUUCCUCGCCAUACUCUUAUGUCAAAGGGCUGAUUCACACAACUGUACAUCACUGACUUACAGUUGAAAUGGAUGAAGGUUCUCUGUUGUGAAACACACUUCUUGAGGUGUUAAAUAUGAAAGUCUGAUGCCUGUAAUUGAACAUUCAUGACUAUUUUUACUGAUUCAAGCAAUCAUUUGGUGCUUGUCUCAGCUAGUGGUGAACCACUGUGUCUUAACUUGCCUAAACGAAGCCAUAAUGACAGAAAAGGACUGUUGCUUAGUGUGGUUCGCCCUGUUUUUGUUAACAUUUCUAAGAU